GUCGUUUGUUUAUGUCAAUGUAAACUGAUUAAUAUUAUGUUUACAGAAUUUAAAUGAUAUAAUUCCAUUUAAAAAUAACAUUUAGAAAUUAUUAACAGCUAUACAUACCGUAUUCUUGACAAUAUUAAUAAUUAAACAUAGGUACGUGAUAACAUAACCUCACUGCAUCAUUGCUCAAAGCAUCAGUUUUCGUCAUGGCUUUGCAGCUAUCGAGAAGGGAAGUAGAAGAUUUAAGAUCGUCUAUAGACAGAGCAAUAUACAGAACAAUUGGUAAAUCGGAUAGUUCGUUGCUAUCGACGGUAUCGUCAUGCUUAACGAAUGGAUAUGAGCGUCGAAAAAUAAUAGACAGGCUAUCAUCACACAUUGAUUCAAAGAAAGCAAGCAAACUUGCUGACAAAGUGAUAGCUCUCGCACAAGAACUGAUAUCAUCAUCGAAGUCACAGAAACGCAAAUAUGAGAGUAGCGAUAAGGAGAAGGAUAUCAAAAGAUCCCGCCACGAUGACAAAUACGAGUCUCGCGACGACAGACGUGAGAGGCACGAGAAGGAAAGGGAAAGGGACAGGGAGAAGGAGAGGGAAGAGGACAAGAAGAGCGACAAUGGUAUUGAGAUACCGUCUCUUCUGCCUGAGGGGGAGACUGUUGGGUCCAAGAUGGCUGGCCUCAGUGCUGAUAAAAUUAAGCUGAUGAUGGCGAACGCGCAAAAGGAAAUCGAGGAACGCAAGCGGGCCCUCAUGGCCCUCAAAGGGGACAAGGGCAACGUGACCGUAGCGGCCCAGACCGCCCAACAGAUCAAGGUGCAGAUGCAGCAGAGCAACGCGAUACCGCCGCCCAGCGUCAUCAAACCGAUGCUGUAUUCGAAACCGGCCGCUGGUGCGAUGUCGGCUGAGGAGAUGGAGAAGCAGCAGAAGAUAGCCGAGCUGCAGGCACGGAUACAGAGGAAACUGGCCGGCGGGGCGUUGCAAGCGGGCCUCUCCGGCCCCGCGCCGCUGAUCCUCGACCGCGAGGGCCGCACGGUGGACCCCGCCGGCCGGCGGGUGCAUCUCACGCAAGUUGUGCCCACUUUGAAGGCCCAAUUGGAGAAGCUGCAGAACGAGAUAUCGCAGAUCGCGCGAAAAACCGGUAUUUCGUCGGCCACAAAACUCGCCCUGCUGGCGGCUGACGUGCCGGACUCCGAUCGAGUUCCGGAUAUAGAAUGGUGGGACAGCGUGAUCCUAAUGACACCCGAAGAACGUGAAGCGAAGCGAACCGCCGGCGAUACGAACGACGCACGCACCGACACGCAACGCGUCGCCGAUUGUAAUGUUGGUGAUGACGAUAUCGUGGAUAACCUGAACGGUGACGCCAUCACCAAUUUAGUGGAGCACCCGCAGCAGUUGAGGCCGCCGACGGAACCGCUGAAGCCGACGUACAUGCCGGUGUUCCUCACCAAGAAGGAGAGGAAGAAGCUGCGGCGGCAGAGCCGCAGGGAGGCGUGGAAGGAGGAGCAGGAGAAGGUCCGGCUCGGGCUGGAGGCGCCGCCAGAACCUAAGCUCAGGAUAUCAAAUCUUAUGAGGGCACUGGGCACGGAGGCGGUGCAAGACCCCACCGCCAUCGAGGCGAAGGUUCGAGAGCAGAUCGCGAAACGGCAGAAGACUCACUUGGAGGCGAACAAAGCGAGAGCCCUUACUAAGGAGCAGAAGAGGGAGAAGGUUGAUAGAAAAAUUCGAGAGGACACAACUAUGGGCGUGCAUGUCGCUGUUUACAGAAUAAAAGACCUGUUCGAGUGCGCGUCGGCGAAGUUCAAGGUGGAGGUGAACGCGCAGCAGCUGCACAUGACGGGCUGCGUGGUGCUGCACCGGGGCUGCUGCGUCGUCGUCGUGGAGGGGGGGCCCAAGCAGCACGCCAAGUACAAGAGACUGAUGCUGCACCGGAUCAAGUGGGAAGAGGAGACGGUGAAGGAAACGGACGGUACGGAAGUGCCGAAUUCGUGCCAGCUCGUGUGGGAGGGGACCACGGCGCAACGCUCCUUUGGGGAGAUCAAGUUUAAGGUGAUGCCAACGGAGAAGCAAGCAAGAGAACUGUUCCAUAAGCACAAAGUCGAGCACUAUUGGGACCUAGCGUACAGUGGUGCAGUCUUAGGUUCAAUAGAUGAGCCCUAGGUUCGAAUGAAACUAUGUCGGUGAAGAAAUUUAGGGCUGAAUCGAUUUCGAUGUAACCCACAAUGUGAAACAAGUGUUACAUCUGUUUUUACAAAUAAAUAUAGGAAACGGUCAUUUGAUAUGUCCGUUUCUUAAGGUCAGCAAGGAAAACGGACAUUUUUGUGUGCCUGUUUAAAUUUUUUUAAUGUUUAGACUUCAGUACAAAUGGUGAAAUGCAAAGGACAUUGAUUGUUUGUUUUUUUAAAAUAGUCUCUUUUGUGUGUAUGUUUGUUUUACAUCUUUUCCUUUUUAAGUUGGGCAAAAUUAAAUUCUCUCACCUGCAAUACGGUAGUUAUUUAUAAGUCAAUAUCAGUAAUGGUUCAUGUUAAAAACGGACAUUUUUGUGUGUCCGUUUUAUUAAAAAACCAGUAGAGAUGGACGAGCCUUUUUCCUAAUAUAACAGUACGAAGUGUGGGUAUAACGAGUUUUAUAAUUUUUUUCCCAAUAAAUAUUUAACCUUUCUAAUAUCCAAACUUAAAACUAUGUAAAUCUGUCCAUAUUAAUAAUUUGGCCAAAGCUCCACUAUAUUAUACUAUUACCAGUUAUUAGCCUUGUAAGUUAAUUAACUCACAAGGCUAAUAACUGGUGAUAUAGACAUAUUAAAUGUCCAUUUGCUUAUGGUACUGCAUAAGCAAAUGGACAUUAAAUAUGUCUAUAUGAAAAAUAUAUGCAUUGCAUAUUUUAUUUAAAACUAGACGCUCGCCCAGGCUUCGCCCGGAUGUUAAUAUUCCUGUUUAACUCAAGCGAGCAUUUAAUUGUGAUAAAAAGUGUCCUUUCAUCCAAGUCAACUGAUACUCUGUCUGUAUACCAUCAAAAUCCCUUCAGUAGUUUCAGCGUAAUUGACGGAUAAACAUCCAAACAAACAAACUUUCACAUUUAUGAUAUUAGCGUGAUAGUGUCAUUAUAACGAUAUUUUUUGUCCAAUUCUGUUACCAUAGCGACUUGUCAGCUAGUUUUGAGUUGAAAGUUCAAAAUAACUAACUUUGCAAUUUAAGCCGAAAUGUCAUAUAUUUCUUCGGAACUUUUUUUCCAUACCGAGGAACUGAUCUGGUGGUUCGCCUGAUGGUAAGCGAUCACCACCGCCCAUGAACAUUCGCAAAGGUAGGGCCGCUGCGAAUCUUAAGACUCAAACAAUUAAAUUACAGCUUGAAUCUACAUUUCCAAAUCACGUAAACGGCUGAACUGUUGUGAAUUAAAUUUUCACAAUGUACUUACACUUACACGGCAUGUAAUUAGUGUUAAUAUUGGUCAGAUUUUAAGACCAAUUGAAAACCUAAGUCUGGAAAUAAUUAUAUUUUGUAUACUAUUGGAAAUAUUAGAAUGUGGUGAGAAUUAAUGUAAAAAUAUUAAUAACGUAAGUUUCUUGUAAAUUUAAAGUGUAAUAAAGUAUAAAUUAUG